AGCAGAUCUUGUCAGCAGUAGCACGCGCUGGAAUACUUGUUACCUUCUGCCCUUCCUCGCUUUAACUGUUCCUUCCUUCAAUCCCGAGCGCGUGUGGAUCUGGUCAUCAGCCCACGUCGCCUGCUUAUCACCUUAUCGCCGAGUUCAAAGUCUACCGUGCAUGGUUUGAUGGAGAAACAGAAACCAGCCAACAUCCCCUGUUCAAGAGUUCUGUCGACAUUCUUUCUUCCCAUUAUUCCUUCGCAACGCCAUACAGCUGGGUAUUCCGCUCGAAAUAAUUCAUACGGCUUCUUCUAGAUUGGUCGGAGACAUUGGGCGAGAGAAAUCUCCGAACAAGUUAUAAUUGCUAUUUCCGACUGUGAUUUUAUUCUGACCGACCAGUCAAUCUUUCUGGUGCCUCCUGGUUUCUAUCGGACACCCUGUCUCCUCCGUGCUUUGAACCGUUACUGAACGCUACUUAUUACAUCGUCCUUUACGUGCUACGAAUAUGACUGCAAAGACUAGGAGGCAAAAGGCGGCCUUGGCUUCUCAAACGGGAGAGAAUGAUACCCUGCCGAGUGGUAACGGUUCGGUCAAGAACCAACUGGAAAAGGAUGCUUCCCCAGUUGCUCAGGAUGAUAUGAAGGAGAAUGUAUUUCUUUUUGCGCCUAACUUGAUCGGUUAUUCGCGAAUUGUUCUCACAGUGGCUUCUCUCUAUUACAUGCCACUUCACCCGCGGACUUGCUCCCUCCUCUACAGUGUGUCAUGCUUGUUGGAUGCGCUGGAUGGAUAUGCCGCACGCUAUUUCAAUCAGUCGACCACUUUUGGUGCGAUACUUGAUAUGGUAACAGAUAGGUGUACGACUGCGUGCCUUCUCGUCUUUCUGAGCUCUGCCUGGCCUCGAUGGGCUAUUAUCUUCCAGAGCUUGAUUUCCUUGGAUCUGGCGAGCCAUUACAUGCACAUGUACGCAACACUGAGCAUGGGUGGUGCGAACCAAAGCCACAAGAAAAUUGACUCCAGCAGAAGUCGGGUUCUGUAUUACUACUAUCACAGUAGAGUCGUGUUGUUUGUCUGCUGUGCUCUGAAUGAGCUAUUUUUCAUUGGCCUAUAUCUCCUCUCCUUCUCAUCACCGACUCUCUCUCCUUCUCUCCUGGAGCCUGUCGCGGAUGACCAACCUUCUUUGCAGCCGGGAACUCUUGCCAACAGUCUUUUUACAAGCCCAUGGAGUGCCGGUGCUUUGGAACUGGCCAGAGCGAACAAAAUUGAUAGCCGUAUACCAUGGGUUAUCACGGCGAUCUCCGCCCCUGUUAUGGCUUUUAAGCAGUUCGUCAACGUCGUUCAAAUAGUCAAGGCUAGCAAGUGGCUGGUAGAGGGAGAUCUUGCCAACCGAAAGGCACUACGAAGUGUCAAGAAGGCGUAGAGUGGGUCCACUCGCUUUUCUCUUUCCCCCUCUAUACUUUUAAUACUUUUACACGUUGAAGGGAUCUUAAGACGCAAAUUGCAUGCGUCUUCUCCAACUAUUUUCUGCCUCAUGUCCCGGUCUCUAAGAUUGGGAGUCGGCUGUCUGCCCUCUGUCAACUGGACAUCGUGGACGGGCCACUGGCAGAGCAUUCGGUUUGACUAUCUUGGAACGGUCGGUUGUGCAGUCAUUUAGGUUGUCCUAAUCUGUGCCUAUCAUGCUCGAGGCUCAGACUGGAUUGUUAUAUUUGCUAUGUCGUGGGGACUCGCAUACACAGAAAUGAAGCUCCCGCUUUCUGAUUUCAUCGUCGUUUUCUGCUCAGUCUUAUUCAAUUUUCGAUCUUGUUACCUAGGAAUAUGCUUCAACAUAUUGAGGUGAAUUUUCAAUUAAUUAUGCAUGAGCUACACUGGAAAUUGAUAGUCAGAUGGUUGAAGGCAAUGGGAUCCUGGAUGGACAUGACGAUGGCUUGAAUCAAGUUGGAGCGCCGUGAGGAUCCGUAAAAUUGAGUGAGUAGGCAAAACUGCGGAAGUGCGGGGGAAUAGUGAUUUGGCUAGAGGAGAGCUCGUUA